CAGAGCCACACUGUCUCACUCUCUGCACCAAAACGAAACGGUGACACACACACCCAGCUUAUAAAAAAGGAAACUUUGCAUGUAAAUGCCUAGACAAGUGUCGUUGCACAAAACCAAGGCAUAGCUUAGGUGUGAGAGAGAGUCAGUGCUGUUGAAUUUACUAGUCUUAUUUGCUCCCACCACAACACCCACUUUCAGCAGAAGAAGCUAGGCUAGCCCAGCCUCAAUCGGCUGCUCCUUCUCUCGAUUCUUCUCUGCCUUUUUCCUGGGUUGUGAUGAUUCCUUACACCAUUACAUAUCUUUUUACUGUUCCUAUAUUCUUCUUCUUCUUCUUUACCACGUGGUCUUGCUCUUCGUAACGCCUAGCUUAGCCUCUUAGUCUCGUAUUUUGUCUUGAUGGGUUGCUCUUGUUCUUCUCUAUAUGUGUAAAGUUCAAAGCUUUUGGGCCAUGGGUUCCGUUCUUCGGUUUAGGAAGCUUUGCUUUGUGGAGCCAGUAGUAGGGUUUCAUUGUACUACGACGACCCAAAAGAAUGAAGAGAAAGAUGAGAACGGUGUCGUUUUAAAAGAUGAAGAUAAGGAGAAUAAGAAGAAGAGGAGCAAGAAGCAACCAAAGGAAUGGAGGUGUGUAGAUAGUUGUUGCUGGUUUAUUGGGUAUUUGUGUACCACUUGGUGGCUUCUGUUGUUUCUCUACCACAGUUUACCACCCACAAUAACUGGUUUUCAUGUACCGGAAUCGCCCGGGGAGAGGCUCAGGCGAGAGGGCUUGACACCACUUCACCCUGUUGUUAUGGUCCCUGGCAUAGUCACUGGUGGGCUUGAGCUUUGGGAAGGCAGGCCUUGUUCUGAGGGACUUUUUCGUAAGAGGCUUUGGGGUGGUAGUUUCACUGAAAUCUUCAAAAGGCCAUUGUGUUGGUUGGAACACCUAUCACUACACAACGAAACAGGGCUCGACCCGCCUGGGAUUCGAGUCCGAGCGGUUUCAGGACUUGUUGCAGCUGACUAUUUUGCUCCUGGCUACUUUGUUUGGGCAGUUCUUAUCGAGAAUUUAGCCAAAAUUGGUUAUGAAGGGAAGGACAUGUAUAUGGCAGCCUAUGAUUGGAGACUAUCUUUUCAGAAUACAGAGAUUAGGGACCAAGCUCUAAGUAGAUUGAAGAGUAAAAUUGAGCUCAUGUAUGUGACCAAUGGCUAUAAGAAAGUGGUGGUGGUGCCUCAUUCUAUGGGGGUCAUUUAUUUCCUUCACUUCAUGAAAUGGGUUGAAUCACCUCCACCUAUGGGAGGUGGUGGUGGUCCAGAUUGGUGUGCCAAGCACAUCAAAGCAAUCAUGAAUAUUGGUCCAGCUUUUCUUGGUGUUCCAAAGGCUGUAAGUAACCUAUUUUCGGCCGAGGGUAAAGAUGUGGCAUUUCUCAGGGCUAUGGCUCCGGGAGUUUUAGACUAUGACAUUCUUGGCCUUCAAACACUUGAACAUCUUAUGCGAGUUUCUCGAACUUGGGAUUCCACCAUUUCAUUAUUGCCAAAAGGUGGAGAUACUAUUUGGGGCAAUUUAGAUUGGUCUCCUGAGGAAGGACUUAGUUGUGAUUUGGAUAAGAGAGGAAAUACACAACAACUCUCUUCAAGUGACACUAAUUUCAAUCACAGUGAUGGAGGUAGAGGUUUUCGAAUAAAAGAGCCUGUUAAGUAUGGAAGAAUAAUCUCUUUUGGAAAGGCAGCAUCACAGAUUCCUUCUUCUCAUCUUCCUCCUCCUGAUUUGAAGGAACUUCUCCAAAUGCGAUCCUCAACUGGACUUAAUUUAUCAUGUAGUGGUGAGGUUUGGACUGAAUAUGAUGAAGUAAGCAGAGAAAACAUCAGAAAAUUAGCUGAAAACAAGGCCUACACAGCUGAAAAUGCCUUUGAUUUACUGCGUUUUGUGGCUCCGAAACUGAUGCAACGGGCCGAGGCUCACUUCUCUCAUGGAAUAGCUGAUAAUCUUGAUGAUCCUAAGUACACACACUACAAGUACUGGUCAAAUCCACUUGAAACCAAGCUACCUCAUGCUCCUGAUAUGGAGAUUUACUCUCUUUAUGGAGUUGGAAUCCCUACAGAAAGAUCAUAUGUAUAUAAAAUGUCUCCUUCAAGCAAGUGCAAGAGCAUUCCCUUUCGAAUAGAUAGCUCGGCCGAUGGCCAAGCAGACAGCUGCCUAAAGAAUGGAGUAUACUUUGUGGAUGGCGAUGAGAGUGUUCCGGUUUUGAGUGCAGGCUUCAUGUGUGCCAAAGGGUGGCGAGGAAAGACUAGAUUCAACCCGUCCGGCAUAGCUACUUACAUAAGAGAGUACCGACACAAAGCGCCAUCGAGCCUGCUGCAGGGCAGGGGUUUGGAGAGUGGUGCACAUGUUGACAUCAUGGGAAAUGUUGCUUUGAUUGAAGAUGUUUUGAGGGUGGCUGCUGGAGCCAGUGGCAAAGAUAUUGGAGGCGACCGCAUACAUUCGGAUAUCAUGAAAAUGUCUCAGAGAAUAAAUCUUCAGCUGUGAUUAUUAUGAAUGAUAAUCAUCACUAGAAGAUGAUGAUGAAGUUUGAGGAGGGAGUGAAAGAAGUUCCAAUGGACUUUGAGGCUGCUAAUAAUGAGGCUGCUGCUAUGCUGCUCAGAAGAGAAAAAACAAGUGUUCAAAGUGAUCAGAGUAUGAGAAUAGAAAGGCAUAAGUAUUUCACUCUAGCUAGCAAUUCAGUUGGUUUUUUUUAUUUGUAAUUUUCUAUAUAUGAACAAAUUACCAAUGUGCUGUUAGAUUGGCUCAAGCUAACAAAGGAUUUUAUAACUGCUUGUGCAUUUUAAGAUUCUGCUUUUAUUUUAUUAUUUUCCCCUAAAAAUUUGUAUA